UGCCAUUCAGAAAGCUGCCAGUGAGAAGGGAGCACCACACUCAGCCUCAGAAGGAAGAAGCUGAACGACUUAUUUGGGAGAGAGAGAAAAGGAGCGUGUGAGCUGAGAGCGCGCGGGCGGCCCGAGCCUCGGCGGCGCUGACACCGAGACAUCCCACCAUGGACAGCUUCGACUUAGCCCUGCUCCAGGAAUGGGACCUCGAGUCGCUGUGGGGUGAAGACAUCUUAAACCAGAGGAACGACUCGCUAGUGGUGGAAUUUCAGUCGUCAGCCAGCCGGUGCAGGAGUGUCUAUGAACCAGAUAGAAAUGUGUUACGGAGGAAAGAACGAGAAAGAAGAAAUCAGGAAACUCAACAGGAUGAUGGCACAUUUAAUUCAAGUUACUCCCUCUUCAGUGAACCCUAUAAGACGAACAAGGGGGACGAGCUCUCCAACCGGAUCCAGAAUACGCUCGGCAAUUACGAUGAAAUGAAAGACUUUUUAACUGAUAGAUCCAAUCAGAGUCACCUAGUUGGCGUUCCCAAGCCUGGGCUUGCUCAGGCUCCUGUGAACAAGAUGGAUGAACAUUUUGUCCCCGAAUCAAGAGCCCAGCCUCAGCCCUCGUCAGUCUGCAGCACUGCAUCCUCCACACCAGCAGCUGUCCCCGUGCAGCAGAGUAAGAGGACCACCGUGGGCUGGCAGAAGGUUGGGCACCCGCCCCCCGAUGGCCAACAGAGAGCAACACAACAGGGCUCUCUCAGGACCCUCCUUGGAGAUAGUGUUGGCAGACAGCAACCACGGGCCAAACAAGUCUGCAACGUAGAGGUGGGUCUUCAGACCCAGGAAAGGCCACCUGCUAUGGCAGCCAAGCAUAGCGGCAGUGGACACUGUGUUCAGAACUUUCCUCCGUCCCUGGCUUCAAAACCCAGCCUGGUUCAGCAGAAACCGACCGCAUACGUGCGGCCCAUGGAUGGCCAAGAUCAGGCCCCUGAUGAGUCUCCGAAGCUGAAGUCAUCCACGGAAACCAGCGUGCACUGCACGUCCUACAGAGGUGUCCCUGCCACCAAGUCGGAGUCGACCAGAGCCAAGGCCAAGCUUGCUAAGUUCAGCAUCCCCAAACAGACGGAGGAGAAUAGAUCUGGAGAAACCAACAGCUGUGUGGAAGAAAUAAUCCGGGAGAUGACCUGGCUUCCACCACUUUCUGCUAUUCAAGCUCCCAGCAAAGUGGAAUCAAGCAAAUUUUCAUUUCCAAAUAAGGACUCUCAGCUCGUUUCCUCCGGACACAAUAAUCCAAAGAAAAGUAAUGCUGAGCCAGAGAGUCCAGACAAUGGCACUUCGAAUACAUCAAUGCUAGAAGAUGAUCUUAAGCUAAGUAGUGAUGAAGAGGACAAUGAACAGCAGGCAGCCCAGAGAACGGCUCUCCACGCUCUGUCUGACAGCGCUGUAGUCCAGCAGGCCAACUGCAGAGCCUCGGUGCCUCCCAGCAAGGGCAGCGGCAGUGGCAGCAGCAGCAGCGGCAGCAGCUCGUCCAGCGACUCGGAGAGCAGCUCCGGAUCAGACUCCGAGACCGAGAGCAGUUCCAGUGAGAGCGAGGGCACUGCCCACUACUCCAGCCCCGAGGCGGAGCCUGCGUCCUCGAACAAGUGGCAGCUGGAUAAAUGGCUCAACAAAGUUAAUCCUCACAAGCCUCCUAUUCUGAUCCAAAAUGAAAGCCACGGGCCGGAGAGUAAUCAGUACUACCCUCCGGGGAAAGACCAAGUGCAGGACUGCGGGAAAGUCCCCGACGGGUGCCAAACCGGCCUGAGAGAGAAGGACAAGAGCGCCUGCAAGGAAGAGCAGAGACCAAGGACAGCGAACAAGGCGCCCGGGACUAAAGGUGUGAAGCAGAAGUCCCCACCCGCGGCCGUGGCGGUGGCCGUGACUGCAGCCGCCCCGCCACCUGCGGUCCCUGGUGCGCCACCCGAGAACGCGCCCGCACGAAGGUCUGCGGGCAAGAAGCCCCCCAGGCGCACAGAGAGGACCUCGGCCGGCGACAGCGCCAACUGCCACCGGCCUGAGGAGCCCGCGGACACACUGGGGGCUGGCACGGCCAUCCCUUCGGAGCCCACCAAAGCCAGGCCCUGCGGCAACAGCCGAACGAGCCACCGCAAGGAGCUGCGCGCCUCAGUCACCUGCGAGAAGCGCCGCACCCGUGGACUGAGCAGGAUCGUUCCCAAGUCCAAGGAGUUCAUCGAGACAGAGUCAUCUUCUUCGUCCUCGUCCUCAGACUCCGAUCUGGAGUCAGAGCAGGAGGUGUACCCUCUGGCCAAAGCGCAGGCGGUGGCCACCGCUGCCUCCACGAGUGAACAGAGACUCAAGGAGGCUGCCAGCAACAUCAGCGGUGGCGGUGGGACGCGCGCUUCUGUGGGCUCCAUCAACGCCAGGACCACCAGUGACAUCGCCAAGGAGCUGGACGAGCAGUUCUACACUCUGGUCCCCUUCGGCCGCAAUGAACUUCUCUCCCCGCUGAAGGACAGUGACGAGGUCAGGUCUCUGUGGGUCAAAAUCGACCUGACCCUUCUGUCCAGGAUCCCAGAACACCUGCCCCCGGAGCCGGGGGUCUUGAGUGCUCCUGCAGCCAAGGACGCUGAAAGCGCACCACCCAGCCAUCCAGCCGACACACCCGUGGAAAAGGCUUUGCCAAAGUCCAAGAGGAAACGCAAGUGUGACAACGAAGACGACUACAGGGACAUCAAGAAGGCCCAGGGAGACAAGGACAGCUCUUCACGACUGACCACCUCUGCCAGUAAUGCUUUGUCUGCUAACCAUUGCAACAUGAACGUCAACAGCUUGGCAAUACCCAUAAAUAAAAAUGAAAAAAUGCUCCGGUCGCCCAUCUCACCCCUCUCCGACUCCUCUAAACACAAAUACUCCAGUGACGACUUGACGUCUUCCAGCAGAUCCAACAGCAAUGGUUUGUUCACUUCUGCCACCUCCAACAAAAAGCAUAAGGCUGAGAACCAGCUGCAGGCCCACGCCGGAGACGUCGCGAAGGCAACUCACAACAAUUCGGAAAACGUGCUCCACAAGUCACGGCCACAGACAGAGCCGUGGUCUCCAGGCUCCAACGGCCACCGGGACUGCAAGAGGCAGAGGCUUGUCUUCGAUGACAUGCCUCGUAGUGCAGAUUAUUUUAUGCAAGAAGCUAAACGGAUGAAGCAUAAAGCAGAUGCAAUGGUGGAGAAGUUUGGAAAGGCCUUGAACUACGCCGAAGCGGCCUUGUCAUUCAUUGAGUGUGGAAAUGCAAUGGAGCAGGGCCCAAUGGAAUCCAAAUCUCCUUACACCAUGUAUUCAGAAACAGUGGAGCUCAUCAGGUAUGCUAUGAGACUAAAAACCCACUCUGGCCCCAAUGCCACACCAGAGGACAAGCAACUGGCCGCAUUAUGUUACCGAUGCCUGGCUCUCCUGUACUGGAGGAUGUUUCGCCUCAAAAGGGAUCAUGCAGUAAAGUAUUCAAAAGCACUUAUCGACUAUUUCAAGAAUUCGUCUAAAGCUGCCCAAGCCCCAUCUCCAUGGGGGGCCAGUGGAAAGAGCACUGGAACCCCAUCCCCCAUGUCUCCCAACCCCUCCCCCACCAGCUCCGUGGGAUCUCAGGGGAGCCUCUCGAGCACCAGCACCCUCUCCCCUUCCACCAUCGUCAGCAUCCCGCAGCGCAUCCACCAGAUGGCAGCGAAUCACGUCAGCAUCACCAACAGCAUCCUCCAUAGCUAUGACUACUGGGAGAUGGCGGACAACCUGGCCAAGGAAAACAGAGAAUUCUUCAACGACCUGGACCUGCUCAUGGGGCCUGUCACCCUGCACAGCAGCAUGGAGCACCUGGUCCAGUACUCCCAGCAGGGCCUGCACUGGCUGCGGAACAGCACUCACCUGUCGUAGGGACCUCGCCCUUGAGCUGGAUUGUGCUCUCUUCUCCACAGAUGGCUCAAUGUUUCAGGACACUGUGCUACUGAAAUCCCCAGCAUUUAUCAAACUGCGGUGACUAUUUCUCAGCAUCGAACAAUGGUCUUUUCCCAGGGCAUGUGUGUUUGUAUGUGUGGGUGUAGAAGAAGCUGCCUGUGUAUGUGUGUAAGAUACACAGUUCUUUAGAACACAUUUUCUUUGUCUGGUUUCCAUAAUCCUAGGCUAGACAAAGUGCUCAGAGCUUUCUGAUUAGAGAAAAUACACUUACACACAUACACACACAAAAUCAGUCUCUCUCUCUCUCUCUCUUUCUCUGUCUCACACACACACACACCACACACACACACACACACACACACACACACUUUCUAUUUCAAAGCUCAACCAUGACUUCUUAGAACAUUCAACCAAAAUCUGAUGGGUUAGUUAACCAGGUGCAAUGCAGCACACCAAAAGCUUAACUGCCAGUUAGGAUGAACCUAGUCCUUAUAUUAUUGAUUACUUUCAGUAUUAAUAUACUAUUCCCCAAUUAUUUUUUAAUUGUGUAUAUUAAUGGGUAAUUGAAUAAUGAAAAUAAGUCAGUUAUUUUUGUGCUGGAUGUUUACUAGGUUGCAUGUUACCAAAUACCCUGCCUCUCAUCAAACACCUGACCCCUUCACCCGACUUUAUUAUCAAUUAAACACGUUAUAAGCAAAUGGCUCACCUCCCACAGGCCUUUCCUGCCCCCCAAAUAGUAUGAAAAUGGCACUGAGAUUUGGUAAGGACUCAGUGUCUUUGAACGUGAACCAACAUGAAAGCAGCAACAGCUGCAUCUUGGAGCCGAGUUAGGAAUUGAAAUCUUUUGCACAUGUAGCAACAAGCCCGCCCAGCACAUGUGUUUGUUUCUUUUUCCUGCCACUGUGAUAUGGCGGCUGUACAGCCACGUGGCGUUUGUCCACUGAUAUUUUUUCAAGUCUUUUCUUUCCAUAAUAGCUUUCUUACAAAUUUUCUUGGCCAAAUUAGGACAUUACCUAGAAGGCCCCUUCACUAGGAGUCUGUAUCUGUUGUUGCUCAUCUGGCUGAGAACUACUUGCUGUCAUGGUACUAUCUCACCCUCUCACUCUUCAUGCAGAAUGUGCCCCUUUAAUGCAUUUUGAACUGGGGGGUAUGUUUCAGGCUUUGAUGAGCAAGCUGCUUACUGCCCAGGGGGAGUUAUUCCUGUGGUGGUCGCAAUGCUGUUUGGGUAGCAACGACCAGAACAUUGCACUUCCAUCCCGUGCGUCUGCUCUGUCUUACCCUUGAUUCUUUCCUUUUUUCUUUCUCUUUUUUUUCUUUGAUUAAGUUUAUGUUUGUUUUUUAACAUCUUGUUAAGUUUUUGUCUGAAACUUGUUGCUUUGAUAGUCUCUUGCCACGCGCUAGAUUUAGUUUUCUUGUGAAAUAUACUUGGAUAUAAAAAUAUUGGUUAAAAAGAAAAACUCCUGAAAAAAAAAAAAGGAUAUCCUUUGCCACAUUUUAAUAACAAAAUAAUGUCCUUGAGGCCUCUCACUUGACAACAUUGCACCAGGACAGUCUGAGAAAAAUAGGUGGAGCAAUCCAUUUUUCAAGGUGAUGGUGGCACAAAGCAUUUAUAACAGAUAUGGAUGUAUGCUUUCACUGGUGGUCUCAUUAGCCAACCUUCCUUCAGUGGAAGCCUGCAUCUGGUCUGCUUGCAGCGCUAACAUUUUUGUCAGCUGAUCAUAUGUGGGAAAUAAGAUUGCUGUAAUUCCCUUGCUAAGCACUGAUUCAAAACUGUACAAAUGAUUGAACCACUUUGGUGAUCUGAAAUUCAUUUAAAACGAGCAGGUCAAGGGUUUAUGAAAUUUGCAUAUGGCUUUGGCCUUCAAGCAUCUUGAACUAUUAACAGAAUUUCUAGUUUGCAUUUAUCCAACUGAGGUGCUUCUCACAUCCCUCCUACUAGUUGUUGUUCGCAGAGUUUAUGAUCCCAUUUGAUGUUGCAAAUUUGUGUCGAACUUAAGAAAUGGUAAAUUGUUUUCUUGGAGGACUGAAGCUUAGUUCUGCUUGCUCUUGCUAAAUUCUGAUGAAAUGUUCAAACUGUCAUAUAAAGGGUCCCUCAGGGUCUGUCCUGCGUCCCCAGGGCGUUUUGCUGGCCUCCUCCAUCUUUAAAGCUGCAGGCCUUGUGUGGUAUCCACAUGAUGGCCUCCGGCUGACACACAUGUAGCCUCUAGGUGACUGUGCCAGUGGCAUUUUAUCAGCCCUUUGGUGACCGAUGUUUCCCAACCGAACACCACUGGUCAUUUCAGGGAUGGUCAGAGCGUGCAGUUCCUCUCACUGUCUUGUGUUUCUUCGGUAGAGAAUGCUGGCCAGUGAUUUCUGUUUGCUUGGACGUAGAUGAUUUUGGUAAGGAACCAUCUUCUGAUCAUUGCUUGUGAAAGUCAUUCAUAACUGUUCCUUUUAUUUGUCUUUGUUCAAAGUAGAAAUAUCUCGUGUUUUUUAAUUAUAAAAGCAAUACAUGUUCAUUGUAAAAAUUCAGACAAUACAGAACUGUAGAAAGUAGAAGGUAAUAAGUCCCACCACCAGGAGACAACCACUGCUCACAGUUUUGUGUAUAUCCUUCUAGAGAUUCUCCCAUUUCAAUAUAUAAUGUCGAUUGUCAUUUUUUUCUAUUUGGAAACAUAUUAUUUCCUCAAAAGUUCAACACAAGUUCAACUGACCUUAUCCUUCCGUGACCUGAAUGGGUGCCAUGUUUUAUCACAGUGCUAGAGUUACUUUUCAAAGAAAGUAACCCAAAUACAUUCCUGAUCAAAAUUUGGGAUUUGUUACUAUUCUACAUAGAUCAGACUUAUGUGCAGAGUUGUGCCUGGAAAGAGAGGUUUGGUUAAAACAGAUAUGUCUGGAAACUUUCAAAUUGCAAAUGGAAACUUGGACCCACUAUCUAAAGAGGAACGUACUGGAAAAACAACCUGAAGAGCUGACAAAUUGUGUACUAGAUUGAACACAUUGAACACAAUGCAAUGAGACUUUCUGCACUCAAACUUAUCCUCGUAUGUACAACAAUGAUGUGUGUAUUAUAUAACAGUGAUGUGUACAUUUCUGACAUCCCAUACAUGAUAUACACAGUUUGUAUAAAUGCAUACAUUUAAAAAUAUAUAUGUACAAUACAGCUACCAUAAAACUGUAGGACGCCUGAAGGCUAUUACUAGUGCCUAAUAUUGAGUAUAAGUCACUGCGUGUUCGCAUCACAUUGGAAGUGCAGUAAUUGUUAUAAAAUUAAUCAGUGCAGCCAACAUUAUUUAUGAAUCACAUCUUUGAAACUGUGCAGUAGUAUAUACAUAUAUAUUUUUAAAUAACAUUUUUCACAGUUUUCCAGAGUUACUGUUGAAAUCUGUACCACCAAAACAAAAAAACAAAAAAACAAAAAAAAAAAAAACCUAGAUUUUUUUAAUGAUAUAGACACUCUUCAGACCCAGUAAUCUGUGUGUGAUUUCCUGUUUGUAGAUACCCAAGAGACUUUAGCAGUCACCAGCCUUAAUGCAUGUACAGGAUAUUAUUGUGACUUAAUUUAUCUGCAGUUCUUAAUCCAUGUGAAAUUGGAAUUUAUAAACUGACUUGGAUUAAAUAUGUCUGCCUUCCUAAGGUUGCAAAUGUUACAUUAAAUGAUCUAUGUUGUAAA